CACAUCGCCACUUCACCGCAAGCAACCACAUCACAGCACCAGCAAGCACUCUAGUACCAACCAGCAGUGAUGGCGGCGCGUGCUUCUCCAAGUCCAACUGCGAAAAGGACGGCCCACAUAAGCAUCCUCCUCAUCCUUCCCUUGCUCUCCGUGUUGCUGUUUCUCUGCGUGUGCGCUUGCAUGGCGCAGGUGGUGUUGGAGGAAGACGAGGGCGGUGCCUUCCACAUCAACACUAGCGACCCCGUGCAACACCCUGUGUUUGUAAACGGCAUGGACGUGGCUAAAAUGCUCGACCUGGUGCAGACGCAACAGAGCGUGAUCGAGACCCAGCAAGGGAUGUUGCGUGACCAUCAGUCAACCAUCAGGACGCUGCAGGGUCAGAACACCGCGCUCACGCGCAGGAUCUGCGCCGCCCAUGACGUGGCCCCGUUUGGUGACACAACAACGGUUGCGGGGCUUGGCACUUUCCCGCACAAGUGGCUCGGCGGAGCUGCCGGUCCCAACGGCUUGAUCUUCGGCACCCCGCACGACUCAACGGCGGUCCUGAUCAUCGACCCGGUCACCCACGCCGUGGACAUGACCACCAUGGCGGGCCUGGGUCAAGGGGGGCGCAAGUGGGGCGGUGCCGUGCUUGCCAACAACGGACACAUCUACUGCUUCCCUCACGGCGAAACGUCCGUGCUCAUCAUCGACCCCUCCACCAACACAACUGACAAGACAAGCAUGGCCAGCGUCGGCAAGCAGUGGAUCAGCGGUGCGCUGGCGCCAAACGGCGCCAUCUACGCCAUGCCCUGGUCAUCGUCUUCGGUGCUCAUCAUUGACCCCGGCACCAACACGGCAGACACAACAACCAUCGGUGGCCUCACCGGGAGCUGGUUCGGCGCCGCCGUCGCUGCCAAUGGGCGGGUGUACUCGGCUCCCUUCUCUGCCACAGCCGUGCUCAUCAUCGACCCUGCGACGAACACCGCUGACACGACGAGCAUUGCCGGGUUUGGCGCCGCAAACAAGUGGCAUGGAACUGUGCUUGCAGACAACGGCCUCAUCUACGGCAUCCCUUCCAGCUCAACUUCUGUCCUCAUCAUUGACCCUGCUGAGGACACCGUCGACACGAGCACCAUCACCAACCUCGAUGGCUCGUCCAAGUGGGCCGGUGGCGUGAUGGUGACGAGCACGCACAUCAUUGGCGUGCCCUUUGCCUCUUCGUCUGUGCUCCUGAUUGACACGAAGACCAACAUGGCAGACACGACCACCCUCACAGCUCCAGGCACUGGCGAGAAGUGGUAUGGUGGUGUUGUGGACGCUGCCAACCGCCUCUUCUGCAUUCCCUGGCGCGCCGGCUCGAGCCUCAUUGUGGAUGCUGGGUGUGGAUGA